AUGUGCUACUGUGUGCACAUAGAGAAAGGAGGAGAGGCUUGGCUACUGGUUCGGGGUGCGGAUUUUAAUCAGCCAGCUGACAAUUACACAGUUUGUCAAGGGGACAAUGCAACACUAAGCUGCUACAUAGACCAACAGGUGACCCGUGUGGCGUGGUUGAACCGCUCCAACAUCCUCUACGCUGGCAAUGACAAGUGGUCCAUCGACUCCCGGGUGCAGCUGCUCACCUACAGCCCUUCCGAGUUCAGCAUCGUCAUCACUCAAGUGGACGUGUACGACGAAGGACUUUACACGUGCUCCUUCCAGACACAAGAUAAGCCCCACACCUCUCAGGUGUACCUCAUUGUCCACGUCCCAGCUCGGAUUGUCAAUAUCUCAUCAGCUGUGACUGUGAAUGAGGGGAGUAACGUGAACCUGCUCUGCCUUGCGAUGGGCAAGCCCGAGCCAACAGUAACUUGGCGGCAGUUGAAAGAUGGAUUCACCAGUGAAGGGGAGUACCUGGAAAUCACGGAGAUCAACCGGCAGCAAGCUGGGGAGUACGAGUGCAUUACAGCGAAUGGGGUCUCGACGCCCGACAGCAAGCGUGUCCUUAUCACUGUCAAUUAUCCCCCGACCAUCACAGAUGUCAAGGACUCACGGCCCCUGCUGGGAAAGACAGCCCUCUUACGCUGUGAAGCCAUGGCGGUGCCACCUGCUGAGUUUCAGUGGUUCAAAGAUGACAAACACAGAUUAUUCAACGGAGUGGAUGGAUUGCAGAUCCAGAAUGAACGUACCCGCUCCAUACUGCUCUUCCCAAAUGUCACUUAUCGGCAUUAUGGAAACUAUACCUGCCUGGCUUCCAACAACUUGGGCUCCUUCAAUGUUAGCUUACGGCUUAUCAGACCCGGCUCUCUGGAAAAUACUGCCUCGGCAAGCAUGGAAUCUCCCUUCUUCUUGGGCUUGCUGUCUUCGGCUUUUGUGACUCUGUUGUUCAAGAUUUAGAGCAGCCUGAAAUGGGAACAGGAAAAGAAAAGGGGGAGGGGAAGGGGAACGAGUGAAAGAGAAAAGAAUCCAAGAGAGAGGGGAGAGAAAGAAACCAAGAGAGAAGAAGCAGCAGCAUCUCUACUUUUUUGGGAAAAGAUGAAGAGAGCGCGAAACGAAAUUUAAUUGAGAACCCCAUCACUGUGAGGGAUAGAAGAAAGCAAAACACACACACACACAAACACAAACACACACAUGGGAAAAAUAUGCAUUUGUUUCUACAGCCAUUUAUCGUCACGCUCCAUCUCAGACACUUCCAGUCGAACUUGUUAUUUAACACAACUGAAAAGACACAGGGCUCUAAAGGGUUAACAGCAAACACCCCACCGUCUCCUCUGCGAUAUUAAUAAGAGCAGCAUCAUUCUCCUCCUUGGGCCGAUUGGACCUUUCGUCUUUUGAAUGCAUGGAACCUGGAA